CUCAACACCACAAGCUCCAGCUUCAGCAACCUCCGCAACACCAUGGACCAACGAUCCUCGGGCAUCCCCGUUCGUUCGGGCAUCCCACGUCCGGCCUCCAAAAUCCCAGCUCUGCGCGCUUCGGCCAGCCAGUCUCACCUGCAUUCCGCUUCGCAAUCUGCCUCUGCCCCGGACGCCCAGGAUCCUUUGCUGCGGAAGAAGUCGUCUCUGUCUUCCAUCUCGCGUCGAUCCAGUCAGCAGCAGCUGCCGCCGCCCUCGCUGCAAAAGAAGGCCUCCCGUUCAUCCAUUGCGAUUCCUCCUUCCGCGGGACCUGCUGCAAAUAAACCGUCCAACAGAACAUCCCUGUACUCCGCACCUAUAUCGAAACGACCCGUUCCUGUUAAAGAACAGGCACGAUCGUCCAUCCCAAACUCCCGAGCUCCCACUUUCAAGAAACCGACUGUCCCUCCACCAUUCCGGCAGACACCUGCGGUCCCUCAGCCCACAAGGUUGUCCAACCAACCCCACGAUGAAGAUGUGCUUGGAGAUCUGAAUGGCUUCCGUUCGGCAUCUAGAGCCUCGUCGCGCGCGAGUUCCUGCGCGGGAUUGCAAGAAGCUGAGUCGGCAGAUUUCCUGGAGGAGAGUGAUGGAGAGAUCCAUAGCACAGCGCAACCUCCAGCGAGGAAAUCUCGACCUUCGCUUUCCGAUAGGACUAUAGAGAGCCUAUCGCAGCUGCCGUCAUCUCCAUCUGUAGCGAAAGGAAGACGUAGAUCUAGCUUCUUCAAUGCCGAUCAAUCCAUGCCACCUCCAGUGAGACCUACCUCAGCAUUGUCUAAUGGCAUACGACCGACGACAAGUGACGGAGCCCCGCAGCCUGAUUUGAUCACACCACGCAAGUCUGGUCCAUCUACCACAAGACUAUCCAUGACAGCUCCAGGCAAGAGAAGCUCCAGCGCGACAAUGGCAACCAACAUCAAAACCCCAUCACUGAGUCGUCUCAACUCCACCAUGAAGAAACAGCCACUUUCGCAUAUGCAUAACCUGCAAGAUACACCAAAGGCCCGGCCUCUUUCAAAUAGCAAGACUAUGUUAUCGAGGACUCCAAAGCCCCGCGCUUCAAUAGCGGGAGUAUUCGGCGAAGCAGUUUCCCCGCCUACCAAAGUGGCCGCCACCACCCCAUCACCGUCUCAAAGAGCUUCCGUGGCCAAGAAGACCCCAAUAACUAGUAAAAAGGCCCCAAGUUCCUCUCUUGCGCUUCGUGAGCACAUCGCCAAAGCAAAGGCUACCAGAAAGCCAGAUGUUUUGCCGUCCCCAGAAGACGCGCCACCAAAGGCGAAUUCGUCACAGACGUUGCGAGAGCAAAUUGCGAAAGCCAAAGCGACGGCAAAGCGCAACAAUACCACCCAUGAACCGCGAACAAGCACCCCUCCUAGGGAUGCCAUCGUGCCCAACCCCGCUGAGAUUGCUGGGUUUGACUUUGGUCUCGAAGACCCUUUCAAUCAAGGGCCAAAAAACAGCAAAUCACUGCUGCGCAAGCGCAUAGAUGCCGCACGCGUCGAGGGGAAGCUCAACCUUGCUGCAAUGGGAAUGAAUGAAAUGCCCGAGGACGUGAUGCAAAUGUACAAGUAUGACUCCAAUGACACCGGUGUCGUCUGGAGCGAGGUUGUUGAUGUUACUAUUAUAAUUGCUGCCGACAAUGAGUUUCAGACUCUUCCUGAUCGAAUGUUCCCAGAUAUUGACAUUGAGUCCAUGACGGAAGCGGAUGAGGAUACCGCACCUCAAUUUGGCGCCCUACAGAACCUUGAUUUGCAUGGCAAUGUGCUUCAAGAGCUGCCGAUGGGAUUGAGGCAACUCACACAGCUCUCAAAGCUCAAUCUUUCAAGGAACAAACUUACACUCGAUGCAUUAAAUACUGUCUGCCAAAUCAGCUCCCUUCGCGAGCUGAAACUUGCUGAGAACGAAUUCAAUGGGUCACUGCCUUCUUGUAUUGGGGAUCUGGCUCAGCUCGAGGCUCUAGAACUUCAGGCGAAUAAGCUGACUAGUUUGCCUCCUGAAAUUCGCGCAUUGGUUCAUUUGCGCACGUUGAAUAUAUCGGGCAAUAAGAUCACAUCAUUGCCCAUGGAACUGUUCGAACACGUUCCCAUCAUCGAGCUCAUUGCGAGUAACAAUGCUUUUACUGGAGCGUUCUUCGAGAUCGAUUCAAUGCCUCAGCUACAAAACCUACAACUGGCCAACAAUUCAAUCACGGGUAUAUGCCAAUCCACGACUGUAACGUUACCGGACCUAAAAUAUCUGGAUCUGUCGGGAAACCGACUCUCUGCGCUUCCAGAUGUGUCGUCAUGGACGAGUCUAGUAACACUACUCAUUGGUGAAAACAAUGUGGCUACGCUUCCAGACAGUCUCUUCUCUCUCCAGAUGCUCCGUAACAUCGACUUAACAGCAAACAACAUCAGUAGGCUGGACGAAAGAAUCGCGCUCAUGGAAGGGUUGGAGAACAUCACCCUUGCCGCCAAUCCUUUGCGCGAACGUAAAUUUUUAACAAUGGCUACUGAGGACAUCAAGCGCGACUUGAUGUCCAAAAUUCAACCGGAAAAUGCAGACCAGUUGGCGGGCGUGGUCGGGACCACAGAGGAAAACCCUUCAGAUUCUGUCAAUGGGUGGAAGUUGACACCUUCUGGUACCUUUGACCUAUCUUUCCAGAACCUGUUGCAGUUGGAUGACGAGGCCAUUGCUUCGUUCGCCCAAGAAAAUAGUAUCCGCCAGCUAUACCUGGCCAGCAACUACCUUUCAUCGCUUCCUGUAAUCACGGCCCAGCUUUCCGCUCUCUCGGUGCUGGAUCUGUCCAAGAACAACAUCAGCAUUCCAUUGAGUGAGCCACUGGAAUUAAGUAAACUUCGGGAGCUUAAACUCCACGGGAACAAAUUGCACUCGCUCGACGCCGUAACGUCGCUGCUAUCAGCACCAAAACUACAGCACCUGGAUGUUUCCAACAACCGAAUCGCCGGGUCGCUCCCUCUUCUGCGCGAAUCGUUCCCUGAGCUUCUGUUCUUUCUCGCAGCGGACAAUGUUAUAACUGAAGUCUCUGCCGAGUCGCUGCACGGGCUGAAGUGCGUAGAUGUUAGUAACAACGAUAUUGGGCGUCUUGAGCCCAUGAUCGGACAGCUCUCGGGGACCCUGACGAGCUUGAAUGUAGAAGGGAACAGGUUUAGGGUUCCCAACUACGCUGUUCUGAAGAAGGGCACCGAUGCCAUAUUGGCUUGGUUACGCGACAAGAUACCGUCCCCCACGGAAGAUUUCUUCAGCCCAAGCGCACCAGGUAGCUCCAGCUCGGGCUACUAG